AUGUUACAGGAGUUCGAUGGCGAACUCAACUUCGCAACCAAUGCGUGGACAUCACCAAAUAACAAGGCCAUUGUGGUGUUCACGGUACACCUGCACCAUAAGGGCACUCCCCUGCGCAUGGUGCUGGAUGUUGUCGAGGUUGCUGAGUCUCACAGUGGUGUGAACCUCGCAGCUGCGUUCGCGAAGAUGCUCAAUGAGUUUCAGAUCACUAUCAAGAUGCUUGGAGUGACAGCAGAUAAUGCGACGCCGAACGAUGUGAUGAUUGACGAGCUUGAUGACCUGAUUGAGUUGUUCCAUGGCCAAGCGAACCACUCGCGAUGUUUUGAUCACAUCGUCAAUCUUGUGGCAAAAAUGUUGUUGCGCCAGUUCGAUGUUCCGAAAGGUAAGGCUGACACCGCGCUUGAUGAGGCAGAGAACUCCCUGCGUGAGCUCGCAAAGGACAUCAAAUUAAAUGAUACAGGAGAGGAAGGAGGGAAUGACGAAGAUGAGCCUGCUGACAACAUUGAUGGGUGGGACGAUGAACGCGGGGCACUCUUCAUAGAGGAAUGUGCGGAGCUCGAUGCGAGCGUUCGGCCUGUGAAGUUCGUUCUCGUGAAGCUGUGGAAGAUCGCGUCGUCGAUCAUCCAUUCAUCAACCAAGCUGUUGCCUGCUUGGUUGAAGGUCCUUGAUGAACUGGAGUUAGCAGCGAGAAAGAUGCCAAGGGAUGUGGCCACAUGGUGGAAUUCCACCUUCAGAAUGCUGGAGUUUGCGCUGGAGUACCGAGGGGCUAUAGACGAGAUGACGGCGGGUCGCUCGAUGGAGUUGAGGAAGUUCGAGCUGAGCGACAUUGCUGAGCAGUUGUGUGACAUCCUCAGGAUUUUCAAUGACGCCACACUGUACUUCUCGUGCUCGACGCUGAGUCUCCCGAUGGUUAUCUCUGCGAUAGAUAUAAUCAAUGAGAACCUGACAGACAAGUCCCUCGAGGAGCACUACAAACCCUGCAUCCACGCCGCUGUGGGCCUCGCAAAGAAGACACUUAACCGGUACUACAACAAGACCGACCAGUCAAAUGUGUACCGCAUUGCGAUGGUGCUACACCCAUCCCACAAGCUGGAAUAUUUCAAGCAGGCUGGGUGGGAGCCCAAGUGGGUCACGACAGCAGAGGAGGUUGUUCGCGAGGAGUACGAACGUACAUACGCGCAGUGCAAGCCCAAUGUGGAUGCCCCAGAGGUCGUUGCCUCUGCUUCCAAGCCAUCAGCCAACAUGUUUGACAAUCUCCUCAAUCGCAACAUCUCAAAGACCUAUGAGGAGCACGAUGAGCUCACGUGCUACCUCGCCACUGAGACCGAGUCAGUCGACGAUGCACUGGUGUGGUGCAAAGGACGGCUUCUCCUCUCUCACAUCCGCAACGGUCUGUCGACGCAGUCAGUGCAUGCGCUCCUAUGCCUUGCGGAGUGGAGUCAGCUCGGUCUCAUUUUUGACAGUGAUGUGUUGGCCAUUACUUCGGGACCUGAGGGCGAAGAGGAAGAUGAGGGCCUUGUGGAGGGAUGGGAUGCCAUAGUUCUUUUGGAGUAA